AUGAACUCGAAAUUAGACGCAGUUGAAAUUACAAAAGGUACUUUUUAAACAUUCUUUAACUAAAAUAAAAAUGAUAAAAAAAAACUAUUAUGUUCAAACAAAAAUCGAUUUUUUUUUUUUUUUUUUCGAACUAUAAAAUACAUUUUUUCCUCUUAAUAAAAUUUUUGCAAAUUUAAAUUUUUUAAAAAAAUUUAUAAAUCCAUUAUUAUUCUUUAAAAAAUUUUUAAAAUAAACCCAAAUUACUUAUUUUUAUUAUUUAUUUAAUAUAAAAAUAAAGAUAGACUUUAUUGGAUUUCAGGAAAAGAACCACCAAAAAACCAACCUAAUGCAUUUUUCUUUAAUAUAGAUACUGAUUUAGAAUAUGAACCUUUUUUCGCUGAUUUUGGACCUCAUAGUUUAGGAAACACAUAUAGAUUUGUGACUGAAUUAGAGCAUUUAUUAUAGGAUCCAGAUUUUUCGAAAAAUUUAAUAUAUCAUUAUACGGGACUUGAUUCUAGUAAAAGAACAAAUGCAGCAUAUUUAAUGGGAGCUUAUUAAGUAAUUAUAUUAGGAAGAAGCGCGAAUCAGGCAUGGGAGCCUUUCAAAAAAAUACAACCACCAUUUACUGAUUAUAGAGAUGCAAGUUAUGGAUAAUGCACAUAUAAAUGUUCUAUUUUAGAUUGUUUAAGAGGUUUAGAAUAUGCUAUAAAAUUAAAAUGGUUUGAUGUUCGUAAUUUUAAAUUAAGAGACUAUGAAUUUUACUCUAGAGUAGAAAACGGAGACUUAAAUAUAAUUAUACCUGAAAAAUUCAUUGCCUUUUCUGGUCCUUCAGCAACAUAAAGGGAUGCAGAUGGUUAUAGAACAUUUACACCUGAAGAUUAUGUACCAAUAUUCAAAAAUUUAGGUGUAACAUUAGUAAUAAGAUUAAAUACAAAAUCUUAUGAAGCUGAUCGUUUUAGAAAACAUGGAAUAAAACAUUUAGAUUUGUAUUUCAUUGACGGUUCAUGUCCUCCAGAUGAUAUAUUAGAAACCUUUAUCGACGUAUGUGAAAAAGAAAAGGGAAAAAUCGCAGUCCAUUGUAAAGCAGGAUUAGGUAGAACUGGCAGUUUAAUUGCUAUGUAUGCAAUGAAGCAUUACCACUUCCAAGCAUCCGAUUUUAUUGGUUACAUAAGAAUUGCUAGACCUGGUAGUAUUUUAGGGCCCUAAUAAUUUUAUUUGAUUGAAAGAUAAUAACAAAUGCAUAAAGCAGGAGAAAAUUCCUAAAUUUGGAAAUCCGUGAAAUAUUUAGUUUCAGAUAUUGAAGAUUUAAACAAAAGAUUUGAUAAAUUGAAUGUUGAUAAAGGUGAAAAAUCUCCUGAAGAUAUUAGAGUUGCUAGAUAAGGAGAUUAAGGUUAAGGAGAAAAUUUAGUUAGGGCAAAAAUAUAGGCUAAAAACAGUCCAUAGUUUAAAAAAUGA